UACUGCUGCGAAAAAAAUCCCUUCAGCUAGAGAGAAAAACGAUGACUUCGAAAAUUUGUGCAAUUGUUCCUGUAGCCAUCGUAUUGUAUUUAGUUGCCCUGGCAGCAGCAAAAUCAACAGAUCUAGAUGAUGCAGAGUUUAUUGACUUCGGUGGAGACAUUGAGUCAAAGGCGGCACCGGAUGAAGGAAGCGUGGAAACAGCUUUAUUGAAUUAUCUCUUUGCAAAGCAGAUCAUGGCCCGCCUGCGCAGCAAUCGAAACCCUCAAGAGUUGAUGAAAAAGCGGUCCUAUUGGAAGCAAUGUGCAUUCAACGCCGUCUCUUGUUUUGGCAAGUGACGCCGAAAGAAAUACGUUUUCAAGAACCGACGAAAUACUAUGUAAACCCUUCAAGCAGUGACAGCACAUUAUUGUUGUUUCACGCUCAACAGGGCUCAUUCUUUUGGCAUCAAAUGUUGCAGUUUCAAUUUAUUUACAUUUUCCUUUAUGGCUACGUCCUCCAUUAUUGAAAUAAACGAAAACAUGUACAGGCUAAAUAAUUUCCACUUAUCAACAUAGCCUCUCACCUGAAACUACUUGUACGAUCUCUCCGUUAUAAAUACAAACAUAGUUGUUUAGGUCUGA